GAGGCAAACAGAAGGUAAAAAAAGCCCAAACAUUUUCGUCGCCACCCGCACUCCGUCCGUGACUCCUCUUUGUUUUCGCCGCGCUGCCUAACCCACCCGCACCCCGCGGCGCCGGAUCGAUCGCACUAGGCUCCGCUCCGCCGCCUCCUUGCAGUGCAACGCAGUGCGGAGGCUGAGGCUCUGGGGUCUCCUCCCCCCGCGGUGCGCGACGCGUCGAACGGGUGGUGAUGCAGGCUGGCGGCGGCGGAGGAGGGGACGCCGGGGACACGCGGGGCCGGCACCGGAUCCAGGCCGAGCUCAAGAAGCUCGAGCAAGAAGCGCGCUUUCUCGAGGAGGAACUUGAAGAGCUUGAAAAAACGGAUAAGGUGUCAGCAGCAUUGCAAGAGCUUAUGGUAACAACGGAAAGCAAAGCAGAUCCUCUACUUCCAGUAACUACUGGGCCUGCAUGUCAAUCCUGGGACAGAUGGUUUGAAGGUCCACAAGAUCUGCGCAGGUGCAAAUGCUGGUUUUUAUGAUUCUUAGCAAACAACAGAAAGAGGAGAAUGAUUUCUGCAAACUGUAAAUUGUUUUUGGUCAUCCCGGCAUGGAUGUUAGUAGUCAUAAAAAAGGUGAGGGGAAGGGAUUAUUUUACUGAACUGAAUCUGGGCAUUGGUGAAGCAUUGUUGGAGUAGCAUGAGAAGGAAACUCUAGAAUACAUAAGCGAUAGAGAGAGAGCUAGCUAAACAUCUUUGUUUGAAAAAGGUUUCUUAGCAUUGAAAUUCCUGUGCAUUUAGUUUGAUUAGCUGCAUUUCUGCUGUUGAAGUAUGGGAUCUGAACUGUAACAUUUGACCCAAAACAUUCCCUGUGAGGGAGGUUCUAUCUGACUUAUUUGAGAUGUUUCUACCCUUGUUCAGGUUUUACCAUUCUGAA